AUGAAAGCCAAAGCUAUUAUAUAAUUCAAAUAUUCUAAAUGGGUUUAAAAUAAAAAUAGAUAAUCAUAUAAAAUACUCUGCUCUACUUUAAAAGUGUUUUACUUUAAUACAUCAAGAAAUACGCAAAACUUCAAAAAUAAGUUUGAGGCCAGUGAAAGAAGGAGAUAAAAAUAAGCAAAAUCUUAAAAAACCAUUAAUUCAAGCCUAAUCACCUCAGUAAUCAAAAAUCAGCAAAUUAUUGGUAACAAUGUAAAUUUAGGGUGUACCUACAAAGAAUCCAAACGUUAAGUAAGGUAAUGAAUAUUUAUUAUAAAUAGUUCUUGUACAUAAAAAUUAUAGGGUUUUCUAUCAUAGAAUUAGUUUACUUAUUGA